UACAUUUCCACUGCUGUACUCCCGCCACGAAAAUCCAACAGUCCUUUAGUACAUUGUGCACCCGCACAGUAACAUAUGAUGCGCCUCAUAUUUGCGAAGCCUGUAGCCUCCACCAAGUGGUUAUUUGCCAGCGUUGUCAGGUCCCAGGAUUUCAGUGGAGGCGUCCCCGCCGUCCUAUUGUAUUGCGCUUGAACAAACUGGGUGGCUCCACCCGGGCAGCAGUAUAGAGCUCCGUCGGAUUGAACAUGGAGCUCAUGUGACAUUCUGGUUCGGAACCCGACACGUGCGGCUUGUGUGACUGGAGUGGUGACACAGCAGCUUUUGGGGAUUCAUUUGACUGGGAUACACGGAGUACCCGACGUACCGACGCACCUUGUGUAAUAGAUUGAGAAACCAUUGAGAAGGAAGACACGGCAGAGACAGCUAAUACAUUUUUCUUCCAUUAAAGGAGAACCAUGAGCACUGUGGAGGAGGAGCUGGACCACAUGAUACCAUGAAGAGAAGCCUGCAGGUCCUGCGCUGCCAGCUGCUGAGUGUCCUAGUGAUCCUGGCUGUGCCAGUGGGCCUGGUGUCUUCUACCCAGGAGCUGUACCCCAGCCGGACCCCCCAGGACCCUGUCUCCAUGGCAGCGCCCCACAGCAGCCCCCCUAACCCGCUCUCGGCCCUGGCCCCUCCAGACUGGCAGCAGGAGGGCUCCAGCAGCGGGGACUCUUGGUCCCCCCAGGGAGGGGCACUGCCCACGGGCAUCAUCCAGCCCACUGCAUCCUACAGCUCUUGGGGCUGGCAUCUAAACCACAACACCAGCCUGGCACACACUGUGACACCACCCAGUAAAAAGAGCCUCAUUCAUGCUGCAGCUACUGUCAGUCCUAACACUGUGAACUCUGUGAGAGUAAACCAAGACCCUGCAAUUAGCUCUGCCAGCCCCAGCCCAGUCAAGCAGGCCCACUCCCACAGCUCUAGUGCGCUUAACCCGGGCCACAGCUCCAGUUCUCUCAGUGCAGACCAGGGUCUCAUGCCCAACUCGGUCAGUGUAAAUCAAGCCCAUAGUUCAGAUACUGUCAGUGUUAACCAGGGCAACAGCCCUCCUAGCCCUCCCAACUCUGGUGGCCCGCAUAGUGAGGUGGCUCCGACUGCAGUGGAAGGGGCUCCAGACUCAGGGUCUGCCCUAGCUCCUCCUGUGCCCAGCCCACUCACAGAGAGAGUGGAUACUCUGGGCCCGGAGCUUGGUGGUCUCCCGGCCCCUACAUACACGCAGGACCCCCAGGAGGGGAAUGUCGAGAAACCCACAGACCCUAGUCAGCAGGACUUCACCACUGAGCUGCAGCCUUCUUCCUUCUCCUCCUCCUCCUCUUCCUCAGUGGAUGCUGCUCUAGAUCAGACCCUCAGGGAGCAUGGUGAAGCCACGCCUGAGCUGUCCCCACCCCACGCCAUCACCCUACGGGAGGUGCAUCCCAUGGUCAUCGAAGUGCCCACCAUGGGGCUCAAAACCGAGGUGGGGCCUGCCUCUCCAGGAAAGAGCCCACCAGACAAGCCCCCCUCCCCGGCCCCCACCUCUCCAUCUCCCUCCUCCCUGACCCGUGCCAGUCUGGCCCCAAAUUCCAGCCCUGUCUCCAUCAAUGCUACCACAACCAAUGACACCACAGCCCAGGAGACUGGCAGCGGCGGGGGCCUCCCUCUCCCCCCUCAGGGUACAACAACAGACGAUGCCCCCCUUGGCCCACAAAGCCCAUUUGGCAAUGCCACUUUUCAUAACGGCAGUGUGGAGGGCAGCCCUAGCAAGGACCCCUCCUCCCAGUGGAACAACUCGCCCCCUACGGAACCCCCCUCCACGGCCAAUGGGAACUUUCUGAACCGCCUGGUCCCCGCCACCACCAGGGACCCCUGGGGUCCAGGCAACGGCUCUGGCCCCGCUCUGGACUCACCGCUGUCCCGCGCCACCAUCUGCCUGAGCAAGAUGGACAUCAUGUGGAUCGUGUUGGCUAUCAGUGUGCCUGUGACCUCAUGCUCUGUCCUGCUGACUGUGUGCUGUAUGAGAAGGAAGAAGAAGUCUUCAAGUCAGGAGAACAACCUGAGCUACUGGAACAAUGCCAUCACCAUGGACUACUUCAACAGGCACGCUGUGGAGCUGCCUCGGGAGAUCACGUCCCUAGACAACGCUGAGGAGCAGGAGACGUGCCUACCCCCUAAUGGAGACUACAGCGACAGCGGGGUGGUGCUGGUUAACCCUUUCUGCCAGGAGACCCUGUUCAUCAACAGAGAGAAGGCCUGCGACAUCUAAAGCGGACAAAUGCUGGUCUGAUGGCCAUGUCCUGAUACCACCAGUACAAGACUGUCAAAGAUAAAAGUCAGACUUUCAAAAUAAAUGUCCCCCGCCAUGGCUUUCUCCCUUUUCUCCCUGUCGUUGUCAUUUUUAUACAUGUGGUUAACUUCAAAGACUCCCACUUUAUACUGUAUAUUAUGAAUACAUAAACAAGACUAAGAGAAGAGUUAAAAACAGACACUAUUUACUAUGAGGGUGUGCCCGCAUAUUUUUCUGAUGUACAUUUUCUACAAAAGCUUAAUUGUGAUAAUGGUUUUUAUGUCUUUAUAAUCUACGGAGUAUGUGUGAUUUGCGUUUUGUUACAGUUGCUUUAUGGACGUGGCCACUUGAAUUCUGCUUUAGAGAAGAUAUAUUCUGUAAGAACGUUAUGUUUCAUUUUCUUAAAAAUCAAACCCAAAAUACUUACUGAAAAGCCUGUUGAACUUGAAUUCUGUACCUACGUACUUGAGGGGAUAUGGAGGUUUAGGGCAAGGUUUGUGAGGCCAGGUUUUAGUAGAGAGUGCCCAAAGGGUAUAGUGUUGUGAAUAGACCAAAUGGACUUUCCCCCUCGCGUGUCACCAGCCUCUCUGUAGAGGGACCACGAACAUGUCUUAACUCCCUUUGUCAAGCUGUGUGUGUGUGUGUGUGUGUUUGGGUGUGACUGUGACUGUGUGACGUGUGUGUGGCCAUGUAUGGAGUGUGUGUGUGCCUGUCUGUCUGUCUGUGUGUCUCUCUCUGUCUGUUUGUCUGUAUGGAUUUGUGUUAUGGAGUGGGUUCUGGUUUUGGCACUCAAUGAGGUUUGUUUAACGUUAGCCCUCUCUAACCUUAAUAUUUUGAGACCAAACAUAUCAUAAUCUCCCUCCAUAAGUACAGUAUUUGUCCAUGAGAGUAAAUUGUGUUUAUUACUGUAAUGUACAGAUAUUGAAUGAUAUUUGAUUUAAUUGCUGGAUGUAAAAAUAAAAAAAUGCCGUAGAAAUCAUGACCAAUGAAAAUACUGAGAUAAAAUUUUAUCCUGAAUAUUUACUGUGAGCACAUACAGUGGCAGAGUUGAAUCAAACAUACAUAUUUUGUUUCAUUAUCAAAUCAAUUUCAGUGUAUCAUGCUUUACUUUUGCUAGUUGCUAAAUGCUGCCUCUGUUACUGCCUCUGCUUGUCACAUUGUGAAACGCUGAUCUUUUAAAUCAUACUACCCUAUGUUUGAAGAUUUUGUUGAAUUAUCAUUUUGUUGAAUAUGUUAUCAAUCUACUGGAUGUACACUGAGUAUACCAAACAUUAGGAACACCUUCCUAAUAUUGAGCGUUGC